AAAAUCAUACGAAAUCCAUGAACACAAAAUGCAGAUUUAUUGAUUGUUGAAGCAGGUGGUACUUUUAGUUACCACUGGGCUUCAAAGGACGAAUAAUGGUGGUACAGGACUGAGCUGAGCAGUCAGCUUGACGCUGCCAGUGCACCGACUGGAUUGACCCCAGAGCCAGUCUGAAAGCCGAAGGGAAAAAUCCCAACUUCCCGCCGUCCAGAUUAAACGAACAGGAAGUGCGUCGUAUUUCGCCACAAUUCCAAAAACGAUCCGGGGAAACACAAGCCCCGAGGUUUAUAAGCGACGCCACCCGCCGGCCAGUAGGCCAGUGAUCUAUUCCGCACGGCAUGGAGCAGAAGUCUUUCCCGGAGUUGGUGUUCACUGAUCGCCACGAGGCGCGGCUGAAGAACGCGGGGCAGAACGUGUACCUGUGCGUGACCCAGGGUGACGAGGGCCACCGACUGACCACCAAAACUCUGCAAGCCGACAGUCUUUCCGACCCAGAACUUGUCUUCUCGCUCUUUUAUUACACGGACGCGGAAGCCGACGAGACGAAGAUGGUUCUGCCCGUUCAUCACAGUACGAACGUCUGUCUGAGCAUGGACGACGACAAGACACUUAAGAUAUCGUCCCUGAGGGAGCUGCCACUCCUCACGAACGAGGUGGUCCCCGUGGAAGACCCGGAGCGCCUAACCAUCGCCGACAACCGCUUCUUCUACCUCAAGACUUCGGGCAGCCUCGUUGCCCUGGAGGCCAUGAACGGGCUGCACAGGGACCAGUUCCUCGCGCUGACGAGUUCCAAUGACGUCACAAUCAAGGACCAAUCAGGGGGAGCAGUCUACGCAGACAACGUUCUGUUCUCUCUGGACGACUACAGCGUCACGAAACUGUGACGUCACAGCGAUACGAGAGCACAAUGCUCAGUAGAUGUAUAUACAGGAUGAUUCAAAACGUUAAGGCCAUUGAAGGAUAUUAUUUGUCUUCGUUAUUUAUAUUAUUGUUAGGUUAGUAAUAAACACAAAUAAGUUGUGGAAUAAAUAACAAACAAAUCACGUGUUCUAUUUGCCACGCCUUCAGGGUUUAACGUACGGUAAUCCGGCUGACCGACUGUUAAUGUGAAACUUUUUAAGUGCCAGUUGAAUUCCAAUGAUAAAUACGACAAAAGCGAGGAUUAUGGUAUUAUGGGCUGUGACAACGAUUAAUGUUGAAGACAGUUUAACCUAGGAAAUACCAAAAAUGAUAUCAUGCAUCUACACGAUAAACUGAAACCUCAGAUAAGUUUUAAGUCACUUCUGUUCGUUGCAGAUGUUUAAUAAAUUUUACAACGGAUGUGGACUUUCGCCCCUAAGUGCUGAAAGUAGCCCUUAGGGCGGUAUCGCACUAGGAUGCCAUGGCAGCGACACCAACAGCGAUGCCAUGGCGUCCAGCUGCCAGAAAAAAGACGCCAGACAAGCCGCCAGUCGAGCGAACAGAUGGAUCGAC